AAGGUAAAAAAAGUUUCCUGAUCCACCCAUUUACAAGACUUCAAGUCUUCAACCAAUGACAAUGCCCAGCGGCCAGCGCCGAUUCUUAGCUUAAUUGCGACGAUUACUUGAGAAUUUAAAAGGUCGGAGCGGGGGUAGGUACAUAAGGAGUAUAUAAAGACUCAACAGCUCCUCUCUUGUCAAUGCCAAAAAUCUAUAAGCAGUGAGGAGCGAGCAGGUGAGACUCUCUUCCUCUUUUUCUUGUUUCUCAUUCAUUUCCAUGGACCUCAGCCAUUGACUGCUUCAGAUUUGGAUCAUUGUAUUGUGCAAGUAAAAAAAGGAACCAUUUUUUUGUAUAGCACAUAAAAAAUAAUUAAGCCCCACAUGGUCUUUGGAUCUUUUAGUAAGUUUCAUAUAUAGAUAGAUUGUGCCUUAGAUCUAUUGAAAUAUGCCAAAUUAGUAGUCAUCUUUCUGUCAUUUAUCCUGCUUGCUUUCAUGGUGACCAAUUUGAGGUUUGUUUCUUACUAAAGGUUUUGAAAAUAUGGAAUUUUUUGAGAAACCCGAAGCUCAGCUUUUUAUUGGGGUUGCGGUUGCUCUGCUCGCUGCCGCUGCAGCGGCAGCCUAUGUAUACUCUUCCAAGAAGCCCAAAGGUGUUUUGGAUCCUGAGAAAUUCAAGGAAUUCAAGCUUGUGAAGCGUACAGAGCUGAGUCAUAAUGUGGCAAAGUUUAGAUUUGAGCUUCCAACACCCACUUCUGUUUUGGGCUUACCCAUUGGACAACACAUUAGUUGCAGGGGUAAAGACAGUCAAGGUGAAGAAGUUAUUAAACCAUACACUCCAACUACUUUGGACUCUGAUGUUGGAUAUUUUGAAUUAGUCAUUAAGAUGUAUCUGCAAGGAAGGAUGUCACAUCAUUUCCGAGAGAUGCGUGUGGGUGAUUAUAUGGCUGUCAAGGGUCCCAAGGGUCGUUUUAAGUACCAGCCUGGCCAGGUACGUGCUUUUGGGAUGCUAGCUGGAGGCUCCGGCAUUACCCCAAUGUUUCAGGUUGCUAGAGCUAUUCUUGAAAAUGCGAACGACAAGACAAAGGUGCACCUUAUCUAUGCCAAUGUAACUUUGGAAGAUAUUCUUUUAAAGGAAGAGUUGGAUGGACUUGCUGCUGUCUAUCCUGAUCGGUUUAAAGUUUACUAUGUGCUAAACCAGCCUCCUGAAGUAUGGAGUGGUGGUGUUGGUUUUGUAUCAAAGGAAAUGAUCCAAUCCCUCUGCCCUGCACCCGCAUCUGAUAUCCAGAUACUGAGGUGUGGGCCACCACCAAUGAACAAAGCCAUGGCUGCUCACCUUGAAGCACUUGGCUACACAUCAGAGAUGCAAUUCCAAUUUUAGAACCUCUGGGUUGAGUGUUCAUUUUUCUUCAAAAUGUUGCAUUAGGACAUUGUGUUUCUCUACAAUAAUAAUUGAGAUCCUUGAUGGGCAAUGGAUUUAUUUUAUUUCAAGCAAUUGUCAAGAUUUGGAUAUCAAUUUUGAGUUAUAAAAAGGCUGAAAAUAACUAUUGGCUUUUUACUGA